AGACCGAGGGGAUUUGAAACAAAGGUGAUUUGAAACAGUAAAGAUUUCUCCGAACUUAAAACCGUUAGCGAGUUGGCAACGUCGCUUUUCAACCACUUUCCUCCGCCCGCUGACAUGUCAGUUCGCGUCGUUGGCGUAAGUCGCGCGGUUGUGGGGUUAUGCGUGCCAUGUGACAAAAAUCGUGAAAACAUGCCUACUGAUUAUAAAAGAAAGACCGAUAGAGGUAUGGCGAGUCGCGAAAUAUAUGAUCUCGCCGCAGAAGAGGUAACUUUGCGACAGAAAACUUACCGUGACGCGGCUUCGAGUUACAACCUGAACCAUACCUCCCUCUACAGGUAUAUGAAAAAAAAAACUUCUUAUGAAGCUAACGAAACGGCGAAUGCUCCAACGGUUGGAUAUCCCGAAAAGACUGUUUUUACAGCUUCAGAGGAGAAGGUACUCUGUGAUUAUCUUUUAAACUGCGCUGCUGCUAACUUCGGCCUAAGAACUAAGGAAGCCAGAACUUUUGCAUAUAGGUUGGCUAUAGAAUAUAACAAAAAAAUUCCUUCUUCUUGGACAAAUCAUGAAAUGGCUGGAGAGGUUUGGCUUCGAUCUUUUAUGAAACGUCAUCCUGUUCUUUCUCUGAGACUACCUCAACCUACAAGUAUCGCUCGAGCUACAAGUUUUAACAGAACAAACGUGCAACUUUUUUUUCAAAAUUAUACCGCAGUAGUUGACAAACACAAGUUGCAAGGGAAGGAUAUAUGGAACGUUGACGAAUCUGGCAUCACAACUGUUCAGAAACCAGACCGCGUUAUUGCCCGACGAGGACAGAAACAAGUGAGUGCCAUGACUUCUGCAGAGAGGGGAACAUUGGUUACUAUAGCACUAGCAGGAAAUGCCCUUGGGAAUCACAUACCCCCGAUGUUCAUCUUUCCGCGGAAAAGAUUUAAUGAUCACUUUAUACGCGAUGGACCUUCUGGAUCAGUUGGCACUGCGAAUGGGUCAGGGUGGAUGCAAGAAGAAGACUUCUAUGUAUUUCUUAAAUUUUUCAAAGAACAAAUUAGGCCAUCAAAAGAAAAUAAAGCACUAUUGUUAUUAGAUAAUCACGCUUCACACACAGCAGUUAAAAAUAUCGAGUUCUGCAAGGAAAAUGGCAUAGUUCUAUUGACUUUUCCACCUCACUGUACCCAUAAGUUGCAGCCCAUGGACAGAGCCGUUUUUGGGCCAGUGAAAAAAGCAGUUAACACUGCUUGUGACAAUUGGAUGCGGUCUAAUCCAGGAAAAGUAAUGUCCAUCUAUGAUAUUCCUGGGAUAGUGAAAACAUCGUUUGAUAAAGCUGUCACACCGCGCAAUAUAUCUUCCGGAUUCAUCCAUACCGGACUCUGGCCAGUUAACACUGAUAUAUUCCAGGACUCUGAUUAUCUUCCAAGUCAAAUUACUGAUCGUCCUUUGACAACUUCCGUUAAUCCUGGUUCAUCCGGCUCCAACUUAGUGGAAAUUUCAAGAAUUGAAGAACCCGCGCCCUGUCCUACUUCUAGCACAAGCGAUGAACGUCCUCUUGCAAACAGUAUUUUACAUGAUUCUCGUACUCCAAGUCCAUCAAUCUUAAAUUUACCGGCUACUCCUCCUCAAAUCAGCUACGAAACAGAAGACGUACCCAAGUCUGCAGAAAACCCUGAAAAUUCACCUGAUCUGGCGAUAUCUGAAGUAAUGCUUAAUACUAUUAAAAUGCCUUCAACCACUGUAUCAGUUGUUCCCUCCACAGCCUUUACAUCUGAUAUAAUACCUGUAGCAUCACGAGAUAUUUCAGUUACUGUGACAGCUAUUCCAUUCUCACCUGAAACUCUUAGACCCUUGCCAAAAGCUCCACCAAGGAAAGGAAAUCCAACAAAUAGACGCAAAGUGAAAUCCGCUAUCUUAACCGACACUCCGGUGAAAGAUGAACUAGCUGCAAUCGAAGCAGCUAGAGCGGCUAAGAGAAAGGUGAAAAAACCUAACUUUAAAGAAACAAAAACAAAAAAAAUAUCAAAACUAGGCACUAAAAUUAAAAAGAUGAAGGUUUUCAAGAAACAAAGAGGAAACGAAGACAGUGAAGAAGAACAAGAAGAAUCCUUUUGUCUUUGCUGUUUUGAGCCAUAUUCAAAUAGCAGAGCCAAAGAAAAAUGGGUGCAAUGUCUUGAUUGCAAAAACUGGGCUCAUGAAGCUUGCACCGGUGGAGAACUUUCUUAUGUUUGCCACAACUGCUUGUCAGAUUGAUGUUUUUUAUUUUCAUGAAAAAAAAAUUUUUGCUCUUUGUGUGAUUAUUGUAAGUUAAGUUUUUGAAGAAAUAUUGUUCAAGACUGAUUGUUAUACUUA